UCUCUCUCUCAAAUAACUGGCCAAGUUAGUGAAAUGGCGCCUCAUUUUUCCUGCCCUAGGUUUUUCCCCCUUUAACCCUUCCAUUUCUCUCAAAAAUCAAAACCGACACCAAUCGUUCGAAUUUUCUCGCACUUUCUCUCCGUCCGAACAGCCGAUUUGUCUCCGAAAGUCCCUAGUUUCAGGGUUUCGAUGGGGGUGAAUCUAACGGGAGGGGCGGUGGGUCGGAUUAUAAACAGAGAGGUGGCGAGCGAGAAGGAUUUGAAACCUGUGCUUCAAGUGAUAGAACUGAAGGAGGUUCAAACGACGUCGAAGAAUCAGCCACAGCAGCAGCAAGAACCCAAAAAGAGCGAGAGGUUCAGGCUAUUGCUAUCGGAUGGGUCCUUGGCGCAGCAAGGGAUGCUCGCGACCAAUAAGAACGAACUUGUCAAAUCCUCAAAGUUGCAAGUUGGCUCCAUUGUUCAGUUGACUCAGUACAUUUGCAACGUCAUCCAAGAUCGCAUGAUUGUUAUUAUUAUUGAGUUGGAGGUGAUAAUUGAAAAAUAUGAUAUCAUUGGGAAGCCUGUUCCAGCACCAAAAUCUUCUAGGCCCACAGAAGUCCCUACUGAUCAACCUGGGACAGUAAUGGUACAGACCAACACUUUUGGAGGAAGCUCAGUUGGUGGUAGUAAGGCUGAUAAGCUGAACUCAGCAGGGACCCCUCUACAGCAGCCUAGAAUGAAUCCAUUGCAUGGUAGUUCUUUUCCGAAUCAAGCUGAGCCAGUAAGAUAUCCGGCUGCUAAUUCACCACCUGUUUGUCCUAAAGCAGAGCCUUCUGCUGGUUUUCCUGGAUCUUCACCUUUAAGUGGGCCGUAUGGUGCUCAGAAUCAAGCUGAGCCAGUAAGAUAUCCGGCUGCUAAUUCACCACCUGUUUAUCCUAAAGCAGAGCCUUCUGCUGGUUUUCCUGGAUCUUCACCUUUAAGUGGACCGUAUGGUGCUCAGAGUACAGGUUUUCAUAACCCUAGGCCAGCAGCUUCACGUCCUCUAAGCACCUCUAACCGCCAACCCAUACCUGCCUAUCAACAGCCAUCCCCAAUGUACUCUAACAGAGGGCCAGUAGCCAAGAAUGACGCACCACCCAGGAUAAUCCCAAUUUCUGCUCUAAAUCCCUAUCAGGGAAGGUGGACCAUAAAAGCCAGAGUAACAGCAAAGGGAGAACUUAGGCGCUAUAGCAAUGCUCGUGGUGAAGGUAAAGUUUUCUCGUUUGAUCUCCUUGAUUCUGAUGGUGGGGAAAUACGGGUGACCUGCUUUAAUACUGCGGUUGACCAAUUCUUUAACCAGAUUGAAGCUGGUAGGGUUUAUAUGAUUUCUAGGGGAACGCUAAAACCUGCACAGAAGGCAUUUAAUCACCUCAAUAAUGAUUAUGAAAUUUGUCUUGAUAGCACAUCAAUAAUACAGCCAUGUUAUGAGGAUGACAACAAAAUUCCACGGCAGCAGUUUCAUUUUCGGGCCAUAAGUGAUGUUGAAGGCAUGGAGAACAAUAAUAUUGUGGAUAUAAUUGGUGUGGUCUCAUUUAUUAGUCCUGCUGCUUCAAUAAUGAGAAAAAAUGGUACAGAAACUCAGAAGAGAACCCUUCAUUUGAAGGACAUGUCUGGCCGAAGUGUUGAAUUAACUUUGUGGGGAAAUUUUUGCAAUGCUGAAGGACAAAAGCUCCAAUUUUUGUGUGAUUCUGGGGAGUUUCCAGUUCUGGCUGUGAAAGCUGGUAGGGUGAGUGAUUUUAAUGGGAAGGCAGUGGGUACUAUCUCUACAAGCCAGUUAUUUAUAAAUCCUGAUUUUCCGGAGGCUCACAGGCUCAAGGAAUGGUUUGUCGAUGAGGGAAGGAACACUCCCUCUGUCUCUAUUUCUAGGGAAACAUCAAGUGUAGGUAGGACAGAUAAUCGGAAAACUAUAUCACAAAUCAAAGACGAGAGGCUAGGAACUUCUGAGAAGCCAGAUUGGAUUACAGUUGUAGCAACUAUCGCAUACAUUAAGUUGGACAAUUUCUGCUAUACAGCUUGUCCUAUUAUGAAUGGGGAUCGUCCAUGCAACAAAAAGGUUACAAAUAAUGGAGAUGGGAAGUGGUGGUGUGAAAAAUGUGAUAGGUCCGUAGAUGAAUGUGACUACAGGUAUAUAAUCCAGUUCCAGAUACAAGAUCAUACAGGCGUUACAUGGGUGACUGCUUUUCAGGAGUCUGGUGAGGAUCUCAUGGGGGUGUCUGCGAAAGAUUUGUACUAUUUGAGGUAUGAAAACCAAAAUGAUGAAAAAUUUAUGGAAAUCACGCGUCAGGUUAUGUUUAACAAGUAUAUGUUCAAGUUGAAAGUAAAGGAGGAAACUUUUAGUGAUGAACAGCGUGUGAAGUCGACAGUGGUGAAAGUAGAAAAAGUAAAUUUUUCAUCAGAAUCGAGGUACCUUUUGGAUUUGAUUGAUAAGAUUAAAGCAAAUGAUUCUAGUUGUUUUGCAUCAAAGGCAGAGAUUACCACCCCUAAUCACGGAAUGGAUUAUACUGGAAUAGGGAAUGAUAUAAGCAGACAUCUCGCACCAACUGCUGGUAGAGAAUAUGGGUUACCUGCAUACCAAGGUGGUCAAUAUGGAAACCAGUACAGUGGUUUUAGGCUUAGAGAAACUGCUGCAAGCAUGGAUGUGUUCUGUAACAGUUGCGGAGUUACUGGUCAUAGCUCUACAAAUUGCCCUACCUUCAUGAAUGGUCCAGCACAGUCUAUGGGGAGGGACUGUACUGGUAGGAUAUCUUCUGAGGCAAGUGUUGGCCGUACCUCAGAUGAGUGCUAUAAGUGCCAUCAAAGUGGGCAUUGGGCCAAAGAUUGUCCGAGGUCAGGUCCAUCUUAUGGAAGCACUGAUUUUUCGUCUGGGAGAUACGGAGGUGUUUCGAGGCAACAGGUUGGUGGGUUUUGAAGUCUUUUCUGCCCUGCCAAAUUGUGGGUUACAGGCUUCACAUGGGUAAGGCAUUGGGAGCCGUGAGCUGCUUGUGGAAUGUCAUUCGGGGCAAAACUCUCUUUUGAAUCCUAAGGUGAACUUAAUAGGUUAGAACUAUCUCGUGUCCCUCAAAGUUGAACAUUUUCACUUCGGGUCUUGGAGUUUCAAUGUCUAUUUGUGACCUAUUUCCUUGUUUUCCUUUUCUUUUUUGUUUGUAUUAUACUUUGCUUAUGAGUAUAUUGCCCGCCUUCUGUAAUUUCCUUUGUUCGGAACUUUUGAUGCGCUGGUACAGGUUCUUUCAUUUCUAAUUAGAAUUAGCCAUUCGCAUGGGAAAAGCCUGAUGAACUUGCCAGCCUGAAAAGGGUAGCCUCUCCAGGCAUGUUUUGUUUUGGUGGAUGUCUUCCUGUAUUCACUUUUGGGCAUAAAUUAAUUCUGGGAUAUCCCUAUCUUUUGUAUAUACAUAUUUAUAUGUUCUACUUGUAACAAGUGA